CUGCUGUGCUUUGGAAUUACAGCUAUGAACAUUGUCAGGGACUUGAAAAAGAAAGGGAAGCAAAGGAGAAAAGGACAGAGGGAGCAAGAGAAAGAUUGCAGAGCAUCUUGAUGUGCGACGCUGAAGAAGACUGAAGGAAAAGAGGAGGCGCACCGGAGGAGCUUCACACCAAUCCUCUCAUCUUCAGUUCCUCAGUAGAUCGGCCUGUUGUCCCUCAUCACUGGGGUCGUCAUUGGAACUGCGUCUCACUGUCUUAAAGCAAGACCAAGAAACUCUGAUGAGGAAAUUCUCAGCGUGGCGACAGAUGUGACGCCCCUCCUUUUCCCAAUAUCAGCUUCCACGGCCCCUGGAGCAGCCAUAACCUGACCCGCCUCCAUCCUAGACGUGCUGUUGUAAGGAGAGUGGGAGUGUCUGGCGUGCCAAAGCUCAUUCCCAAACUCCUGAAGGGAGGAGCCGUGGGAAUUGGAGGAUAGCUGGAUUGAUGAGGGUGCCGGAGAACAGAGCGUGAGCUGCUCUCCACAUUUCCACCCAAGCACUGGGCUCCUUAAUCAGUUUGUCCUCUCAGACACUUGAGCUCAAGUCAUUCUGGAGGAUUUUCGCUCCCAGACUUCAUAUCUCCCACUAUAUGUUUUUGAAUCUAUUCUAGUGUCAAGUCGAUGCGCUCUUCAUCAGAUGUGGCAGGUGGGCUCCAAGAAUGAUUCGCUGCGAAACUAAAAGCAAUAACGUGUAAGGUAGAGUGAGGCGGCAGAGGAAAGCAGGGUAAAAGUGCUGACUGGUCUUGGAGUGUUUAUGUGUGUGUAUGCGAGACUCAGAAGUCCUGAGCAGGAAUGGAUGAGGGUUUGUGCCGAGGGCUGACAGGAAGAGGCAGCUAAGCUAGAAAAACUGUGCGCAGAAGAGUACGGAUGUGCAUGCAAGAGCGUGUGAUUGUCUCUUGGAGUGCAGAAUUCGAGAGAAUCGCCUAUUAUUCCCUACUAUUUCUGUGUCCAAGCAGGCAGGGUCAACAUUAACAGAAAGAGGCCAAAAAUAAAUAAGCAACAGUGACACUUCAGUGUUUUUUCCUGAGAGUGCUUGAGGUUUGCUAAAAAAACCCUACUUUUAUCUCAUCGAAAUGGAUUAUUAUAAGAAUCACAGCUUGUGAAGGGCUCUCGGAUGGAUCAUUUCUAGCUGGAAUACCUUCUCCUUUGAGACUCUCCACACCACUCCAUUUCUGUGACUUUCAACCUGUCAUCCUAGAAGACGUGUGGCGAUUCCCCAGAGGACUGCGCUCACUUGUUACCACGGCAAUCCAUGGCACCCUGUUCCUGACAAGGUCCGCUUCAUUCUGGGGUGCUAUAGGCAGCAGAAGGCAUCUCCAUGAGGAGCGGUAGAAGAUGCCGGAACUGCCAGCGCUCCUGCUGUCGAUUUACUUCCGCUUCCUGUUAGUCACUGUGGUUACCAUGCCGCCUUCUUCCCUGAGCCAGACCCCUGUUCUGUCAUCCGUACGGAUGGCGGCUAUUUUGGAUGACAGCUCUGUCUGUGGCCGUGGGGAGCGGUUAGCGUUAGCAUUAGCACGUGAGAAUAUCAACAGUGUGAUGGAGAGCCCAGCUCGAGCUCGUGUGGAGGUCGACAUAUUUGAACUUCAGAAAGACUCACAGUAUGAGACUACAGAUACAAUGUGCCAGAUUCUACCAAAGGGCGUGGUCUCUGUUAUCGGCCCCGCCUCCAGUCCCGCCUCCGGCUCUAUAGUCAGUCACAUAUGUGGGGAAAAGGAGAUUCCCCACAUCAAAAUCGGUCCAGAAGAGACUCCACGGCUUCCUUACCUGCGCUUUGCGUCUGUGACUCUGUAUCCUAGCAACGAGGAUCUGAGCCUUGCCAUCGGCUCCAUCCUACGCUCCUUCAGCUACCCAUCGGCUAGUCUGGUCUGUGCUAAGGCCGAAUGUCUGCUGAGACUGGAAGAGCUGAUAAGGCGUUUUCUGAUCUCUCGAGAGACACUGUCAAUCAGGAUGUUGGAUGACAACCUUGACCCAACGCCAUUACUGAAGGAGAUUCGAGAUGACAAAAUAGCUACAAUAAUUAUUGAUGCUAAUGCGUCCAUUUCUUACCUUAUACUGAAAAAGGCAUCAGAGUUGGGAAUGACAUCAGCGUUUUACAAGUACAUCCUCACGACUAUGGACUUCCCACUGCUGUGGUUGGAUGAUAUAGUGGAUGAGCAGUCAAACAUUGUGGGCUUCUCAAUGUUUAACACCACCCAUCCCUUUUACCUGGAGUUUAUCAGGAGCCUUAACCUGUCCUGGAGAGAGGGCUGUGACAUUAACCCGUAUCCCGGACCAGCACUGUCGUCAGCCCUGCUGUUUGAUGCGGUCCAUGUGGUGGUGAGUGCAGUGCAGGAACUCAACCGGAGUCAGGAGAUUGGCGUCAAACCUCUCAGCUGCACCUCCCCUCAGAUCUGGCAACAUGGAACCAGCCUCAUGAACUACCUGCGCAUGGUGGAGUAUGACGGCUUGACAGGACGAGUUGAGUUCAACAGUAAAGGCCAGAGGACCAAUUACACCCUCCACAUCCUGGAGAAGCACAGGGGAGGCCACAAAGAGAUUGGGAUCUGGUACUCUAAUAACACUCUUCUGAUGAACUCCACCAGUCUGGACAUCAACGUCUCUGAGACUUUGGCUAACAAGAGCCUCAUCAUCACCACCAUACUGGAGAACCCGUACGUGAUGAGAAAGAUUAAUUACCAGGAGUUCGAGGGGAACGAGCAGUAUGAGGGUUUUUGCGUGGACAUGUUAAGAGAGCUAUCUGACAUCCUCAAGUUCACCUACCGCAUCAAACUGGUGGACGAUGGUCUGUACGGGGCACCCGAACCCAACGGCUCGUGGACGGGCAUGGUGGGAGAGCUGAUCAAUAGGAAAGCUGAUUUGGCUGUAGCUGCUUUUACCAUCACAUCUGAGAGAGAGAAGGUCAUUGACUUCUCCAAACCCUUCAUGACCCUGGGCAUCAGUAUUCUCUACAGGGUCCAUAUCGGCAGGAAGCCAGGUUAUUUCUCCUUCCUGGAUCCUUUCUCACCGGCUGUUUGGCUCUUCAUGCUGCUGGCUUACCUCGCUGUCAGCUGUGUGCUUUUUCUUUCUGCGAGGUUGAGCCCGUAUGAAUGGUACAACCCUCACCCGUGUCUGCGAGAGCGCAGAGACCUGCUGGAGAAUCAGUACACACUAGGAAACAGCCUGUGGUUUCCUGUGGGGGGCUUCAUGCAGCAGGGCUCUGAGAUCAUGCCCAGAGCCCUGUCCACACGCUGCGUCAGCGGGGUCUGGUGGGCAUUCACUCUCAUAAUAAUCUCCUCAUACACUGCGAAUCUAGCUGCGUUUCUGACUGUGCAAAGAAUGGAAGUGCCAAUCGAAUCACCAGAUGACCUCGCUGAUCAAACCAAUAUCCAAUAUGGCACCAUUCAUGGAGGAAGCACCAUGACCUUUUUUAUGAACUCCCGGUAUCAAACAUAUCAGCGCAUGUGGAACUAUAUGUAUUCAAAGCAGCCCAGUGUCUUCGUGAAGAGCACAGAGGAGGGCAUCGCGCGAGUCGUAAACUCCAAAUAUGCCUUUCUCCUGGAGAGCACCAUGAAUGAGUACCACCGCAGCCUCAACUGCAACCUCACCCAGAUCGGAGGACUGCUGGACACAAAGGGUUACGGCAUCGGCAUGCCUCUGGGUUCUCCUUUCAGAGAUGAGCUCAGUCUGGCAGUGCUGCAGUUGCAGGAGAAUAACAGGUUGGAGAUUCUGAAGAGAAGAUGGUGGGAGGGGGGACAGUGUCCCAAAGAGGAAGACCACCGAGCCAAAGGUCUUGGGAUGGAGAACAUUGGCGGUAUAUUUGUGGUGUUGAUCUGCGGCCUGAUUAUUGCUGUAUUUGUGGCUGUGAUGGAGUUUGUGUGGUCCACGCGUCGAUCAGCAGAAACAGACGAGGUACGGCCUCUCUCCUGCGACCGCCAAUAUCACAGUCACACUACAGUAUCCGUAUGUCAGGAGAUGUUGACAGAAUUUCGUAACGCCGUCUCCUGCAAGAAAAGCUCUCGUCUACGCCGCCGCCGGCCUCUGUCCAGCUCUCUGGCCCUCCGGCAUCCAACCCGCAUCACUUUGGGGGCUCCACGGCCCCUGCGCCUUGUGAGAGAGAUGCGCCUUAGCAACGGAAAGCUCUACAGUGGCACUGGACCCCUCACAGGAGGUUCAGGGCCUGGAGGAGGCCCCACAGACAUGGGUCCUGGCCCUCAGCGGCUCCUAGAGGACCCAUUAGGAGCCAACAGCACGCCUACAGUGGCCCUUGGGCCCCCCGCAGUGACAGUGCCUCUGCCACGGGGCUGCACUCACGUGCGCAUCUGCCAGGAGUGCCGGCGGAUCCAGAGUCUCCGCACAACUUCAUGCACACGAAUCCCUCCCUCCUCUGCCCCCUUGCCCCGCCUGGCUCCACCCCCUCCACACUCAUCCUCUAAUACAGACAGCGAAGGGGGAGGAGGCUUGAGCCCGUGCCGAAUAGGACACUCUCCUCCGGCUAAAGGCUGCCCUUUACCACCACCUCAGUCUAGCAACAACACAGACCUAAUGGGGGAACAAAAAUGAGAACAGACAAACUAACAAACAAAAGUAUGACACGUUUUUGCAAUAUUCGCCUCCAUGUUCGAAAUCACAGACAAAUGCGCUUUCCAUCUUUUCCUUGGUACAAAAAAUUGAUCCUUUUCUUUUGGAUAGCCAUGUGUCAUUUCAAUGAUUCUUUUGUACUACUGAAUGAUGUACUAUAACACUGACUGAGUAUGAAAUGAUUGUACGCCUCAGACACAGGGGGCAGAUGUUAAAUGUGAUUCUGAUCAGGCAGCACACAGACAUCUGACGAAGACUCUCCUUCCCUUUCCCUGACUGAAAUCUCUCUCUGUUUGGAUAGAGGUCAAACACAGGAAGUAGCA